AUGGCAUCUACACCUGAAAAAAAAAACGAAGGGCCAAUUGCAUCUAGGUUGAGAUCAGGUUUCAGAAAGACAAUUGAAGGUAAUAACAUCAAAACUGAAAAGGUUACACAGAAGAGCAAUGAUUCUAAGAUUAAAGAUUCAUCUUCAAAGAUCUUGAAUACUUCAGAAGAGAUGAAAGACAACAAGCCUACAUCAAGUAAACAACGAGCUAGUAAAAAUCCAAUAAAACAACGACCAAGACACUAUAUUCAAUGGGAAGGCAUUGAAGACACAAGUGUGCAUUGGAACUGUGAUUUUUGUGGGCUUGAUUUAGCUAAUAAAGAGGAACAAGAACCUUCAAAUCAAGAUGGAGAUGAAGAUGAACUGCAGUAUUAUUUGCUAUCCUCGCAAGGGGGAGAAGAAGAUUUGAGGAGUACCGUUUUGCCGGAAGUUUCUGUUCUUCCAUGCAGUCAUGUCUUCCAUGGCACAUGUUUACCUGCGUUCCUCACUCAUCUCACUGAUCCUUCGUGCCCCGUGUGUGAUCCUGCUACCACGUCACUCUAA